AUGCAUUACCUUGCACUCGCUGUGCUCUUUGCACUUGGGACCUCGGCCAACGGUCGUCCUUCCAUUAAAAUUCUGGAAGACGACAUCGUACUAAUAUCAGAACAACUGCAAUAUUUUGAAGGAAGUCCAGAAGGUCGUAUAGUGAAAUCUUGGUCAGAAUAUUACUGGAAGGAAAGCACCUUGGUCUACAGCUUUGCCAGAGGGUUCUCUUACUCAGAGCUUGCUCGUAUUAAAAGUGCCAUGGCGGAAAUAUCAUCCAAAACCUGUGUGAAAUUUCGCCAAACAGAAAACAGGAGAGAGCCACAAGUAGUAAUACAAAGGGAGGGUUCAGGAUGCUGGUCGUAUGUAGGAUACUUGGGAAGGGCAGACCAGGCCCUCAAUCUAGCCAGUGGAUGUAUGUCGAAUGGAACUAUUCAGCAUGAACUUCUUCACGCCUUGGGCUUCUAUCACACACACAGCGAUCCGCAACGGGAUAGAUAUGUGAGGAUCCAAACGGAUAACAUCAGAUCCGGUCAUGAACGUAACUUUCAAAAGCUUCGGGCCAAUGAAGUGACAAAUUAUGGCCUUGGCUACGACUACGACAGCAUCAUGCACUAUGGUCCAUUUGCGUUCUCCGAGAAUGGAAAGCCGACAAUUGUUCCCUUCAAAUCGGAUGCAAAAAUCGGCCAGGCAACGCAAAUGAGUCCGAGGGAUGUGCAAACACUGAAACGCAUGUACUGUUAA